AGUGCAAUAAGUUGAAGCGAGACAAGUAUAUGUUUUCUCACCUCAACUUAUUGCACUAGUUCGGCGGUACAGCGAAAAAGAACAGACCUUAGUUUAGCCGUGCGUGCUCGCGAGAAUUUGUUUGUGUAGAACCGAUUGUUUUUGACGAAGUCAUUUUAUCUUGGCAGAGUGCAUUUUCUGUACCCACAUCUUACUAAUAUUGAAUGGUGUUGGAACUUUAUUGAGUGGCUUGUAAUCGAUAUGGAGAUAGAGCAAAGGUCAAUUAGACGUGUUUGAUGAGGUUAGGUUGUUGUUAUGUAUUUUGAAACAUUUUCUUCUAUAUAUAAUGGAAAAGUCAAAGGAUAUGGAGCUCGAUCAAAAAACUGAUGAUAAAAAUAUCAACAAUGUGUCAUGUAACGAUGAUGAUUUUAAUGCAAAUAUCAAAUGUGAGGAACCGGAAUACUAUAGCGAUGUGACAUAUGAAGCGAAGAGAAUAUUGUUAGCGGAGAGAUUACGUAGAAUAGAUGAAAUGAGAUUAUUCAAUCUGUCUGUACAAUUGGAACACGAAGUACCACCACAGCAUCAGAUUGAGACACGAGCAGGAUCACACAUACCAUCGAGAGAAAUAAUGGAGAAAUUCCAGCAAAUAGUGCCACUUAAGAAGGGUACAUAUUCUGUCGAGGAAGACCAAAUUAUCGUUCGCAAUUGGAAGAGAUUUUGUACGUUACAUAAUUGGGAUGAAACAAAUUGCAAACCGUUUCUGCAGUUGAGAAAAGGUGGAACUAUGCACAUACGUCAUAUCUCACAAAGACGGAAGUUUGUACAAUUUUUGGCUAAUGGUUUACCAAAUAGGACUUUGUACAGUGUUUACCAUAGAUUUAAAAAUUUGUAUGAAAACAAUAUACAAACAAGGUAUACACCUGAAGAGGAUGAAAGGAUAUUAGAUCAUCUGGAAAACAAUCCAUCUCUCGAUGAAAAGUGUAAAUAUUCCGAUUUGGCCAAGGUUCUUCGACGGACGAGAAACUCAAUUUGGCGACGUUACCGAAUUUUAAAAAGAAGGCAGAAAACCCGUAAAAAUGCUUGAUACAUCUUAAUGUGCGGAUUAUUCAAAAUACUUAACAAUAUAAGUACAUAUGUGUAUUUUAAUGUAUUAGAAAUGGGUGAAUUAAUCGAAUCUCUUCAAAUUGGAAUAAUUUGAACACUUCCAAUCGAUUUGAAUACAAUUCGCGCGCAUUAGCAUUGGCAAAGUAUUACAAAAGACGUCUAAUCCAGCUGUAUCCGACUCGAUAUUUCACUUGUUUAUCAAACGGCUAAAAACAUCUUACAAUAACUCUUAUUAGCAUUAGACAUUUUUUUUGUUUUGUUUUAUACAAAACCAUCUGUAUAUAAAAACAUUUUGUAAAAAUAUAUGUAUUUCAAUA